AGGUGAUGUAUGAUAAGUAUUCAGAAAGAAGCCGACGGUUUGGAUUCGCUACGAUGAAAUCAGUUGAAGAUGCCAAUGCGGUGAAUGUCAAGUUGAGUGACACUACCAUAGAAGGACGUGAGGUGAAGGUUGACAUCACAGAGAAACCUAUAGCAUCAUCAUCAUCAUCUUCUUCUCCUGAUUUGUCAUUGCUUCAGUCUGAAGAUUCGGCGUUUGUAGAUAGUCCUUACAAAGUGUAUGUAGGGAAUCUAGCAAAGACUGUUACUAAAGAGAUGCUUGAGAAUCUGUUUUCUGAGAUAGGGAAAGUAGUCAGUGCAAAGGUUUCUUCUGAAGAGGAUGUUGAAGCUGCCAUUUUGGCUCUUAACAAAUCUAUCUUGGAAGGACAGAAAAUUCGGGUGAACAAGGCAUAGCGUGACAAAGAAGACAAGCCUUUGCCAUCAUAAGAAGGUGAAAAGAAUUGAAGAUUGUAAUGCAAACAUUUAGAGCUUAGUGAUCAUCAUCUUUGUAUCAGUUCUAUGUUAAAAAAAAUGAAAGCAUCAAGUUAUUUCA